UCUCUCGCCAAUUUCCAAACAGGGCGUUUGGUUCCCAAGAAAACGCUGGAGGAAAACAGAACCAUCGGCAUAAUAAUAUAAAUACACAUAUUCCGGAGCCUGAGCAACUCGGAUCCGCCGAGAGAGAAAGGCGGAGUGACAGCAAUGGCUGAGGUGUCUAUGUGCAGCAGCGGCAGUAGCACGGAGCCGACGCCGGAGGAAGAGAGGGUUUUGAUAAGAGACAUUGCUUUGGCCGCCGAAUCUAACGGCAAAGAAGGCGAUACCUUUUAUUUGAUCACUCAGAGAUGGUGGCAACAUUGGAUAGAAUAUGUAAAUCAGGAUCAGCCAAACAACCCAAAUGAUGCAUCUUCUGUGUCUGAACAUUGCGAUUCGGUUGGCUCAAGUACCUUAAAGAAGCCUGCUGGGAUUGAUAAUUCUGACUUGAUAUCUGAAGCGGCACCGGAGGAAUCCACUACAGGGACUGAGAUACAUGAUACUUUACUAGAAGGCCGGGACUAUGUAUUACUACCACAAGAAGUUUGGAACCAAUUGCAUACAUGGUACGGAGGUGGUCCUACAUUGGCUCGGAAAGUAAUUAGUUCAGGUAUUUCACAAACAGAGUUGGCUGUGGAAGUCUACCCUCUGCGCCUUCAAUUAAUUAUGAUGCCAAAAGGUGACUGUUCUACUAUAAGAAUAAGUAAGAAGGAAACCAUUGGAGACCUUCAUAGAAGGGCUUGCCAGAUUUUUGAUUUGAACGUGGAGCAAGUAUUCAUUUGGGAUUUCUAUGGGCGCCGGAAGCAUGGUUUGAUGAUUGACAUGGAUAGAACACUUGAUGAUGCCAAUAUACAGAUGGAUCAAGAUAUUCUGGUGGAGGUCCUUAACAAUGUCGAUAAUACUGUAUCUGGUAGCUGCAUGAGUUCUAUUCAGAACAAUGGAUCUUUUGAGAAGGAAGCUACCUCUAUUCUUGUAGAGCCUUCUAAAUCAAGCUUGUCAAUUGCAGGAGGUUUGUCUGCUAGCAAGGGUUCGUCUAGAAGCUACAGCACAGAUCUUCCACAAAGUCAGACUCCAGCUAGAGAGUCGGAUAACACUUAUGGGGUCAGUGGUGUUAGUACAAGGGGUUCUUCAGGUGGUUUGACUGGUUUGCUAAACCUUGGAAAUACUUGUUUUAUGAAUAGUGCUAUUCAGUGCCUUGUUCAUACACCAGAGUUUGCCAAAUAUUUUCGAGAAGAUUAUCAUCAAGAGAUAAACUGGAAAAACCCUCUCGGCAUGGUUGGUGAGCUAGCUCUAGCAUUUGGUGAAUUACUUCGGAAACUCUGGGCACCUGGCCGAAUGCCGGUCGCUCCUCGACCUUUUAAAGCAAAGCUUGCUCGUUUUGCACCACAGUUUAGUGGAUACAAUCAGCAUGAUUCUCAGGAGCUUUUAGCAUUUUUACUAGAUGGUCUUCAUGAAGAUCUGAAUCGUGUUAAAGACAAACCUUACGUAAAGUCUAGAGAUGCUGAUGGCCGACCUGAUGAAGAAGUUGCUGAUGAGUAUUGGGCCAAUCACAUUGCACGUAAUGAUUCCAUAAUUGUUGAUGUGUGCCAAGGUCAAUACAAGUCAACUUUGGUUUGUCCAGUGUGCAAUAAGGUCUCUGUCACAUUUGAUCCUUUCAUGUAUCUUUCGCUGCCUCUUCAGUCUACCAUUACCAGAACUAUGACUGUAACAGUUUUUGCAUGUGAUGGUAAUGCAUUGCCAACAGCGUUUACCGUGACUGUCCCAAAGCAGGGACGUUGCAGGGACUUGAUCCAGGCACUUAGCAAUGCCUGUUCGUUGAAGCCCAGUGAAAAGCUCUUACUUGUGGAGGUCCACCACAAUACAGUUCAAAGGUUUUUGGAAGACCCGUUAGUAUCAUUAUCGACCAUCAAAGAUGAUGAUCAUCUUGCAGCAUAUCGAAUUCCUAAGUUGUUGAAGAACACCAAAUAUCUUCAGUUCAUACUUCGCCGUAGGGAGCAAGGUGCUAGCAGCAAUCAGACUGCAUCAGGAUGGAAAUCCUUCGGAGCACCACUUGUCUCGGCAAUCUCAUGUGAUGAUGUAAUUACGAGGGGUGACGUACAGGCAAUGGUUCGCAGAAUGCUUUCUCCUUUUCAAAGAACUCAGAGUCCUGGAAGUGCCGACGUAUCCGAUUCCAGCAUUUCAGCUGCUGCAUCAGAGCAUUGUAACGACUCUGGUUCGGGUAAAGCUUGUCCUGGAUCGAACAAUAUGGAGAAUAAUGAUGUCGAUAGUACUAAAGCGACAACUUUUGAAGAACUACAGCUCCAAUUGGUUGAUGAAAGUAAUGUGUGCAUUGAUUUGGUAGACGGGGAACAUAAAAGCAUCAAAAUUUCCUCAUCAUCAACGUCUACAAUAGUAUAUAUUGAUUGGUCACAGAAACUCUUGGAGAGUUAUGAUACUCACUGCAUAGAAAACUUGUCGGAAGUGUUCAAGUAUGGACAUGUUGCAAAGAAAGCCCGCAAUGAACCUCUUUCCUUGUACACCUGUCUAGAAGCUUUUCUACGUGAAGAACCACUGGUGCCUGAAGAUAUGUGGUUCUGUCCCCAAUGCAAAGAGCGACGACAAGCGAGCAAAAAACUUGAUCUAUGGAGACUUCCUGAAGUAUUAGUCAUCCAUUUGAAGAGAUUCUCAUACAGCAGGUCUAUGAAACAUAAACUAGAAACCUUUGUAAACUUUCCCAUUCAUGACUUUGAUCUAACAAAUUACAUAGCCAAUAAGAACAACUCCCAGCGUCAACUUUAUGAACUUUAUGCCUUGACUAAUCAUUAUGGUGGAAUGGGUAGUGGCCAUUACACUGCGCACAUCAAGCUUCUGGACGAGAAUAGAUGGUACAACUUUGAUGACAGUCAUAUAUCACAGAUAAAUGAAGAAGAUGUGAAGUCAGCUGCUGCUUAUGUUCUCUUUUAUCGGCGGGUGAGAACUGAAGAUGCUUCUGUUAGCAAUGGCGUUCCAUCCAGUGCUGGUGUCGACAAUAUUCAUUUGCAGAAGUAGACUCCAAGGACAAAUUUUUUGCCAAAAGGGCAGCAUUGCAUUAUCCAGUGAGAAGUGUGCGACCAUUUUGGUCAUGCUGCAGACUAUUUAUUCCCAUGUCGCCUUGUUCAACAUGUUUGUUAUGGUGCAUCAAGUACCAUUGAAAUGAAAGGAAAAUCUGGGAUCCCGAUAUGGCUGAAGCUGAUUGUGAAGUCAUGAAGCCUCCUGGAUUAGAGCAUUUUCUCCCCCAGGCAGGUUUAGAUGAUGGAAUUGCUAAUUUUAUCAUGCAUCGGGAAAUAUUUAUAUGUAUUUUUUUUCUUUUUGGAAGACUAUUCUAGUAAUACAAGUUUUAGUAACUUAGCAAGAGAGCAGGAAAGUAUUGUGUUAAACCUGAAACCUAUAAUUGUUCUUUGAGAAUACUCAUUGUAGCGAUUUUUGUUUAACCAAAAUGAUGAAAUAGUUGAUACCAGCUCCAAU